CAGAGCUGGAAAAUCAGAGCUGUCGAGUUGCACCUGAAGGCAUCAGGUUUUUAAGAAAGGGCGGAAGGAGUUUUUUUCUUCGUCUCACAGGAAGAAGCUUCAUCUCGAAAGUUGUGUUUAUUGUUCCAUCUGUUGAAUGUCUGGUCCGCCACAUCAUUUCAGCUCCUGUCCUGGAAAACACUCACAGCUCAACCGAUGCUGUUUAAUCGCAGCCAUGUCGGUUUAACAGAGAAUUUACCGUUAACGGGCGCGGGUCGGUCGGUGUUGUUGUUUAUGUGCGGCGGGUGACGGCAGAGCGGUGAGAUGGCCAUCGCCCACGUGGCGACAGAGUACGUGUUCAGCGACUUCCUGCUGAAGGAUCCGAACCAGGCUCGAUACCGCAGCGUUCGCACCGAGCUGGCCGUGGACAAGAUGGUGACCUGCGUGGCGGUCGGCCUGCCCCUCCUCCUCAUCUCUCUGGCCUUUGCUCAGGAGGUUUCAGUCGGUACUCAGAUCAGCUGUUUUGCUCCCACUAACUUCUCCUGGCGUCAGGCUGCGUACGUGGACUCGUACUGCUGGGCGUCCGUUCAUACACACACUCUACCUCUGUGGCUUCACAAGUUCUUCCCCUACAUCCUGCUGCUGGUGGCGGUGCUGAUGUACACCCCGGCAUUGUUCUGGAGGUUUUCUGCCGCCCCCCUCCUGCAGUCGGACCUCGGCUUCAUCAUGGAGGAGUUGGACCGGAGUUAUAACCGCGCCGUCACUCUGGCCAAACGCAUGGCCACGUCAGGGCUGCUCACACCAGACAGCGACCCCACCGAGGGCUGUUUCAACUACCCGCUGGUGGAGAAGUUCCUGAUGACCAAGCGCUGCUCUCGGGUGAUGCUGUGUUACUACCUGUCGUGUCGCGGCCUGACUCUCGUCACCCUGCUGUGCGCCUGCGUCUACCUGGGUUACUACCUGCGCCUCGCCUCCGUCACGGACGACUUCGGCUGCACGCUCCGCGUCGGCCUGCUCGCCUCCGACCCCAGCAUCCCUGAAAAGGUGCAGUGUAAGCUCAUCGCCGUGGGUGUCUUCUCUUUGCUCAGCCUCGUCAACUUGAUCCUGUUCAUCGCCCUGAUUCCCGUGGUGAUCUACGCCAGCCUCCGUCCCCUCCUCUGCACCAGCUACGCCCGAUUCCUGGAGACCUACCAGUCUCUCCCCACAGUGAGCGUCCUGCCCGUCCCCGGCGGACAGUGGGACGAUCUCUCUCUGUAUCUGCUCUUCCUGGAGGAGAACAUCAGUGAGCUCAAGUCCUACAAAUACAUCAAGGUGUUGGAGUUGUUGAAGAGACGAGGGGAAUGUGCCGGAGAAGACUUCGAUGCCAUGGGUCUGCUGCAGACUCUCUGUCUGGUGAAGAUGGACACUGUGGAUGGGAGAAAACUAAGCAACGCGGAGAAACAGGAUCAAGAAAAAACAAACGCAGCCGCCUCUGACGGCAGCCCCAACGCCAGAGCGCCGAAAAACAGCCACAACCGUCCGAACUCAGCCGCAGUUAAUGACAGCAAGAUAGAAACAGAGAUGAAAGAGCUCAGUCCUCUGCUGCCGGGAAACGGCGAUGAAACAGGAAGCAAAAACAUCGAGGGGGGGAAUCUCCGACAGCGAGCGAUGUGAUCGGCCGCCGAUCGGGCACGACGAUGACGAGACCCACCUCUGUCCCGUGGUGCAUCCAGAAAGUCAACUUCCUGUCCUGAUGGAGGGAUCAGACUGGAGUGGGAGAGCACAGCUGCAUCAUGGGAGAUCAUCAAACAUCCACCUCCUCUUCUAGACGUUCAACAUGGGAGUCACAAAUGUUUUUAGUCCCUCGAUUUGAGACUAACACUGGGAAAAGUCACGUUGUUCACAGGGGAACGUGGAGUGACGAGUUCUGGGUUAAUGUUAAAACACUACGGUGCCAAAAUGCAGACAAAGAUGCAAAUGCUCUGCUCUCAGGAUGUUUAUACAGCUGUCAGCUCACACGCCUGAUAAAUAUCCUGUGACUAAAGUAAAAGCACAACAGGGAAUAUGCAGUAGAUGUUGCAGAGCAGGAGUUUGCUGCCUGAACCAGUGGGAUAUUUAAUAGUCAGGGGAUGUGGGGUCAGACGGGUUUUCCAUCGAGGGGGGAAAACCAUUCACCGAGAUUAAACUGUCCAACCCCUCUUUUACAAAACUGACUUUAACUUUAAACUCAUGUCUGGAGUGAAAUCUAGUGAGAUGAUGUUUUUAUUUGCACUCAUUGUGGGAGAAUGUGCUUUUUCAAGACAAUGUUAAGGUUGUAAAGUGGAAAACCACACAAGGAGGAAUUUAGCGUGCUGUAAUCAGUUUCAGGAAUCAUUCACCUGAUUAUACAUGUUAUAUAUUUAAUGACAUAAAUUCCUGAACUGUCUGGUAUUCCCCCUUAAGAACUGGAUUGUUUUCUCAUGUUUAUUUUACAAGCUACAGCCAACAGUGGUACCAAUGCAGGAAGCUCUCAUUUAAUCAUAUUUAUCUCUUUUUCCAGCAAAAAUCUUAUGAAGUGUUUGUUGCUUAAUGUUUAACAAAUGCAUUAUUUUAUCCAAAACGUCACGUCACAGGUGAUAUCCAGUGACGUGGCUUUAGGGAUUCAGACGUUUGGAUGUCUCAGCCUGGAGUUUAACUUGCAGUGCUCGCUUUGCAGUCUCAGGGAUAAAAACAUCUCACUAAACGACGAGCGACUGUCACGUUACUGCCUCCUCCACUGCCUGGAUAAACUGCAUGCACUGCUCUAAGUGGAACAUUUUAACACUGUCAUGAAGUCGCUGUGGUACAAUCUCCUCUUUAUUAUACAUUAGUUUCUGUUUUGUGAACAUUUCUCCUAUUUUUUUGGUAUGAUGGUGAAAUGUUAUUGGCUUUACUUUAUUCAUGUACUGCAUGCUUGUUGUCUUGUGAUGUGGAGAAACUUCUAGCGUUCAUUUACUGAAGUGAGGUUGCUGUUAGGGUUUGUGAUCUAAUGGUUGUUUAAUUAUUACACUUUGAAAGAUUGUCUGCAGUCUUGAUAAUAAAUAUAGGAGACAUUA